AUGUCAGUAAAACCAGACAAACAUUUCCAGAUUAAUAUGGCCAUUAUUAACAUGAAUAUUUAUGAGUGUGAGUUUUCCAUCUGCAAAUCUGUGAAGAUAAAAUCACCUUGUGCGAGGCUUUGGUGUGCCCAUAAGACGAUGCCACACGUUUGUCGAUCUAAGCGCGCGCCACCUCUCGAAGGAACACCUUGUGGAGUGAAUCAGUGGUGUGUGGACCGCGUUUGUGAAGCCAUGCCAGGCCACGUCAUCGGCAACAGGAGUGAUACCAAAAGUAUUCCCGAAUGGGGCGACUGGGGAUCGUGGAGCCAAUGCAACGCUGAUUGUGGAUACGGACUGAGAACAAGGAUCAGACGGUGCUGGUAUAAAGGUUCAAUAUCAGAAAGUGCCUGCGAGGGAGCAGGCUCUCAAGUUGCCACCUGCUGGGCGGGUCAGAGCUGUGCUGCAACCAGAGAUAUAAGGACCGACGUCUGCUUCCGGCAGGCUAGUUAUCUAAUACCCCAAUUACAGGCCGAUGAAUCAAAACACUGUGAAUCCUGGUGUGUUGAUUACGGAGGUGGUGAGGCUACCAGUUUUGGAGCUUUACCCGAUGGAACACCGUGCAGCUAUGACAGACCUUAUGACCUUUGUUUUCAGGGCACAUGUAUGAAGGGUCAAUGCAACGGCAGUGACCCGGCGUGCAACUGGUGCCCAGAUGGCUACUGCAAUAACAACACACAUCUCUAUAUACGACAUCUUGGGAAAGGUUGGACUCGCCUCACUGUUAUCCCUCACGAAGCAACAAAACUAUCCGUGCACAUCGCCACACCUGUCUCUCUAAACAUUGCGAUACGUGAGCGUCGCCGAGAUAGACCAAUACUAGAACUGAGCAAACAUUCUAAACGCUUCGAUAUUGAAACCAAAGAGAACAAAUACCUGAAAUACGAUCCUAACGUACCGCAGAAUCUGCAAAUAAUAGAAGUAGAUAGCAAUGUCAUAGAUAUUAAAGAUGAGAAAUAUGGUUAUGUGGGCGAAGCUAUUGCGGCCGGAGGGUUGGUGAAGUGGAAUCAGACUGAGAAUGAAGUGUUUAUUACGUCUGAUUCGAGGCUGCAUACAGAUUUGAUGAUUAUGGCUAUACCAGAACAACCAGCAGUUACAGAACAUAUAUUAUCCGUGGAAGUGGCUGUCAACUACAGUACCCCAGCCUCUCGGACUCGCCCUAUGGAGUACAGAUGGUCAAGCGAUCGUGGCCCCUGUUCAGUGUCCUGUGGUGGUGGUGUCAGGAUGGUGAGGCCGCGUUGUAGCCGUGGUCAACAUUGCGGAGCGCCGCGCUACGAGCGUUGCAACACCCACAGUUGCUCGUUUAAAUGGGUGGGGGCUGGGUGGGAGGAGUGCAGUGCCACCUGCGGGGAUGGCGGUGUUCAAGAGAGACAGCUGUUCUGCGUGCCGGUUAACGUCAGUACAUACACACGCAGAGAGCUGAUACGACGUAGCGUUUCACCAGCGUUAUGUCCACCAACUGUCCCUGCUAAGAUACAGCCAUGCAAUCGGCUGCCUUGUCCUGUCUACUGGCAAGAGAUGCCUUGGACUCAGUGUUCAACAACAUGUGGUCGCGGUGUGUCUAUACGGCCACUAAUGUGUCCCGCAUCAGACGAGACACACUGUGGCUCAAAGCCUCGAGAGCGGCGCAGGCGCUGCCGGCUUCGAAGAUGUCCAACAAGGCCCGCUUGUCCAGCUAACGAUACAACGCAAUACUGCGAGCUCUUCACAAGAGACCAGCUAGAACGGAACUGCGUUGUACCACCAUUUAGAAAGUAUUGUUGUAACGCUUGUAGGUCAAUUGAAACUGGUUAA